AUGCAUACAAACAAAUUUUUGUGCUUGAUAAAAAACGAAACGGAAAUAUCGAAACUUUCGGGUUGUUUUCCCGAUGAGAAAAUUUUUAACAUAUGCGAAAAAUUAUUCGUGGAAGAUCCGAUAUCGAGAAUAAAAGUCAUAUCGAGUAAACCUAUGAAAACCGGUAAAAAGGGAAAUUCGAUACAAAUACGACCGCAAGAAAUAUCAGCCAAUCUUAGAAUAGGUGAAGAAAUAACGAUUGAUAUUGAAUUUAAAAAAGCAGAAGAUUAUCCGGUGGAUUUAUAUUAUUUAAUGGAUUUUUCAAGUUCGAUGUACAAAUAUAAAAAAAAUCUAUCGAAACUUGGUAAUAAAUUAACGGAAACAAUGAAAAAUUUAACAAGCAAUUUUCAAUUGGGUUUCGGUAGUUUUGUUGAUAAAGUAACAUUACCCUACACCAGUACGCUCCCAUCUCAUUUGCAACGUCCGUGCCCAAAAUGUAGAUCCCCUUAUUCGUAUAAAAAUCAUAUGUCACUCACUGAAGAAACUGGUAAAUUUGCGGUCGAAGUUGACAAAGCACAAAUGUCUGGAAACAUAGAUACACCGGAGGGUGUAUUCGAUGGGUUGAUGCAAUCAAUGGUUUGUCGAGAACAAUUAAAUUGGAGAGAAAAAGCUAGACACAUAAUAGUGGUGUCGACUGAUGCACCUUUUCAUUUGGCUGGAGAUGGUAAGUUGGGUGGAAUUGUAGAGCCUCACGAUGAAAAAUGUCACUUGAAUGAAAAUGGCGAUUAUACUCAUUCUUUGGUAUACGAUUAUCCCUCGGUUUCGCAGAUAAAUUUUCAAGCCUCUGAAAACAAUAUGAAUAUUAUAUUUGCGGUGGCGAAUAAAAUAAGACACGAAUAUAAUUCAUUGUCUCAAGAAAUAAGAGGAGCAUCAAUUGGUUUAUUAGAUUCUGGUGAAAAUAUUGCUGAUCUCAUUAAAGCCCAAUACGAAAAAAUCUCGACCACGAUUCAACUAUUUGAUAAUUCAGAAGGUUCAGUUAAUGUUAGUUAUUCGUCAAGAUGUUCAGAAAAAGAAAAAUGGAAAAAUUCAAACAAGUGUACAAAUGUUAAAGGAAGUGAAAUUAUUUAUUUUAAAAUUCAUUUAACGAUUUUAGAUUGUUUUGAUAAAAAUCAUCCAACUCAAGAUAUUACAAUAAAAGCAGAAGGAAUAAAUGAAACAUUAACGAUACAUUUGGGAAGCAUAUGUAACUGUGAAUGCUCAAAUACUGAUCACGCAGGUACCGAAAUAAAUUCUCCUCUUUGCUCUUUGUCUGGUAAUCUCACAUGUGGACAAUGCUUAUGCAAUUCGGGAAAAAUAGGAGAAAAAUGCGAAUGUAGCGAUAAUGACGGGCGAAUGUUAUAUGCAAACGAUACAACCAGUUGCAAAACAAACAGCCAGACAAAUGAAAUUUGUUCCGGAAGAGGAAUUUGUAAGUGUGGAGUGUGCGAAUGCUUUACUAGAAACGAUCCAAAUGAAAAAAUAAGUGGAAAAUUUUGCGAGUGUGAUAAUUUCUCUUGUGAAAGAGUUGAUGAAUCAUUAUGUUCGGGUCACGGUACAUGCAAAUGUGGUAAAUGUGCAUGUAAUAAAGGAUGGUCUGGAAAAAAAUGUGAAUGUUCUUUAGAUGAAAAAGAAUGCAUGAGCGAUGAAAACGAUUUGGUGUGUUCCGGUAAAGGGAAUUGUGUGUGUGGGAAAUGCCACUGUCAUAAUGGUACUGAUACAGAUGACCAUAGAUAUUCUGGAAAAUACUGUCAAAACUGUAUGACUUGCGCCGAACAAUGCGAUAGGUACAAUGAUUGUGUUGAAUGUUUAACAUUAGCCACUGGACCUUUAACAAAACAUAAUUGUAGUAUUUGUUUAAAAAAAUAUCAAUUAAAAAUUAAUAUUGUGGAAGACUUAGAAGAAUUUCAAAAAAAUGCAACAGAAAAAUUAUGUACAAGUUUAAAUAAUUUAGGUUGUGCGUUUGUUUAUAUCUAUGAUUUGAAAGAAAAUAAUGACAUAAUAAUAUGGACUGAUAAAAAAAUUAUAUGCUCAAAAAAAGUCAAUUUAAUAGCUGUGAUAGCAGGCACCAUGGGUGGUACAAUUAUUUUAGGUCUCUUAUGCUUAAUUAUAUGGAAAAUAGUCAUAGAUUUCUAUGAUAAAAGAGAAUAUGAAAAAUUUGAAAGAGAAAAGCAUUUGGCACAAUGGGGAAAAGGUGAAAAUCCAUUGUUUAAAACACCAACCAAAAGAUAUGAAAAUCCAACAUACAGAGGUUUGAAAUUACAGGCCCAGUCCAGUGAUUAA